CGACAGGAGGUCACGCUUGUUUUUAUGACAUCACGAAUGACUCAGUAUUCAGGAAAAAAACACGCACACUAUCAGUUUUGAUAACAAUGAGCUACGUGGGUGAGGAUGGGAUAUAUAGCACCCCCAGUUCCCCUGGCAGAUACAGGAACAGAAUCACACCAGAAUCCGAGGUAGCCUCUUGUCAGUUAUUUGCUUGGAGACUCAACAUAAUCAUCAGACGUCAUAUAAAGUUUUAAUCAAGUAGACGACAAAUCAAGUCAACAGUUUGCCACAGUCAACGUGAUCAGCAGACGACAUUUUGAAACAGACAACAGGGCACUGAACUCUAAACAUGGCUUGGUUGGAAAUUCGUGCUGCAGCUCAGCUCAUGCUGUGGGCGUCCCUCCUGCUCCUCCCCUCCAUGGUGGGGGGACACGGGCGUCUGCUGGAACCCCCCUCUCGAGCAAGUAUGUGGAGACUUGGUUUCAAUACCCCACCAAACUACAACGACAACCAGCUCUAUUGCGGCGGUUACCAGAGACAGUGGGAACAGAACAAGGGGAAGUGCGGUGUGUGCGGAGAUCCCUGGGACGGGGUGCGCGAGAACGAGGCUGGGGGGAAGUACGCAAAAGGCAUCAUCGUCCGGAAGUACAACCAAGGGGAGAUAAUCAAGAUUGACAUUGACCUGACCGCCAACCAUAGAGGUUAUUUCGAGUUCCGUCUUUGCCCCCACAACAACCCCUCCACCCCCGUCACCCAGCAGUGUCUCGACACACAUGUUCUGAAACAUCCUGACGGUAGCACGCGCUUCUACGUCACCACGUCACGUGAGGGCAAAUACAACAUGGAGGUUAUACUUCCGGCGGAAGUGACGUGUUCUCAGUGUGUCCUGCAGUGGAAAUACAACGCUGGCAACUCUUGGGGAUGUGAAGCAAGUGGUCACUGCUGUGUUGGGUGUGGACCUCAGGAACAGUUCUACGGCUGCGCAGACGUCGCGAUACUCUCGUCUAACAGUCAGGUGCAAACUGUCUAUGUGGCGCCAUCUGGCGGGGCUACAUCCGGGUGCUCAGCUAUCGGACUCUGGGCAGGAAAUAGCCGGAUGGUCACGUGGUGCAAGACGAACUGUGCCCAGGGUAACUGUCCCACCCAGAUGUGUUCCGAGGGUUGUCGUUCCCUUGGCAACCAGCAUAAAUAACUUUAAUGCUCCGAAAUUUGGGUAUUGUAUGACAUGUUGGACAAUGAUGUAACGUGGUCUUGUGAAAGAAGUGCUCAAUGUAUAUACCAAGUAUUUUUAUUUUGAUAUGAUAUUUAUUUUGAUGAUGUUUAUUUUGUAAUAAAAAGUUGAAAAUAUU